AUGGCUAACGUUGCAGUCAACAGUCAAUCUCCUGGCCUUUCACAUAGAAAUGUACCAGCUGAAGAUCAAAAUACCAAUGAAAAAGAGGAAACUUUUCGUAUCAAAAAAAGAAUAACGUUAGUUGAUGGAAUUCUUUUGAUCACAGGUAUAGUUAUUGGAUCUGGUAUUUUCAUAUCACCGAAGGGCGUUCUAUUCAACACUUUCUCAGUUGGGCUUGCUCUGGUGAUCUGGGUUGUUUGUGGAAUAUUUUCACUCAUUGGCGGUCUGUGCUAUGCAGAGCUGGGGACAACGAUUCCCAAGUUUGGGGGAAUAACCAUUUACUUAUAUGAAGCGUUUGUGCCUUUUGUGGCAUUCCUGCAUCUUUGGAUGAUGAUGGUCAUAGAGAAACCCACCAGUGUAGCCAUUAUCAUUCUAGUAUUCGCCGAUUAUAUCUUAUAUCCCGUGUUUUAUGAGUGUCAAUCACAGUUGAAAAGACAACUAUUGGCUGUGGCUGGUGUCCCACGCUGUGGACUGAGAUAUUGCUCUAAUGUUGCUAUAAAGACUAGACUUGAUUUCAUGGUGAUAAGUCAAGUCAAGCAGGAUUUAACGCAACAUCUCCCGGGAAAGGAGGACCAAAAUUUGCCGUUAGCUGUUGUCUAUGCUAUAAUCAUGAUAACUUGUAUUUAUUUGCUGACUAACAUCGCCUAUUUCACUGUCAUGUCUUCACAAGAGUUAUUAGUGUCAAAUGCAGUCGCAGUGGUAGUGAUAUCAUUGAUUAUGCUGCAAGUCGGGGACAUUGACACCCUUAUUAAUUACACAAGCUUCAUGACUUGGUUAGCCACGGGUCUUGCUGUAUGUGGGAUGGUAUGGUUGCGAUGGAAGAAGCCUGAUAUGCCUCGCCCUAUAAAGCUCCCUCUAGUAAUACCAGGCUUGUUCAUCCUAAUGUCACUGUUUUUGGUUGUUGUCCCAUUUUAUACAACUCCAAUUGUUUCUUCUAUUGGAUUGGCUAUAACUCUGACUGGAUCACCAAUAUACUUCCUCGGAGUGCUUCAUAAAAAGAAGCGUUUUAAAAAGAUCUCGCAAAUAAUGGGAUCCAUAACUUGGUUUUGGCAGAUGUGUUUACAGGUUGCGCUCACAGAUACCAACACGCCAUAA